AUAAUUUUAAAUUGAAAUGUGGCGCCCAAGUACACACUGAAUUUGUAUCAACAAUUUAAAUGUGAAAAAAUAUUGUUUUUAUUUGUUAAAAUUUGUUAAUCAUGUUUUCUUCACUAAUUUCAUUUACUAAAUAUUUCAAGCCUAAACAAGUAUCUACGCAGGAUUUUAUAUUCAUUUUGCAUUCAAAGGUAACCUUUGCUUUGCUUUUGGCAGCAUCUGCUUUGUUGUCUCUCAAUCAGUUUUUUGGAAAUCCCAUCGAAUGCAAAUCCAGUGGUGAUCAAGAUAAAUCAUUACAUGAACUUUAUUGUUGGACUCAUGGAACUUACAUAUUUAAUUAUGAAUUUGAAAAGAAGAAUUACGUUAAACAGAAUCAUAUAGUUGGAUAUGGUAUUCAUCCUGCUAUGCAUUCGAUACAUAGUUUGCGUUCGAUAGAUCCGCGAAGUGAACGAGAUGGAGAUCGUAUUUAUUUACGAUACUAUCAAUGGGUAGUUUUAAUAUUAGUACUACAAGCUAUAGCUUUUGCAAUGCCAGGAUAUCUUUGGAAAAUUUGGGAAGCUAAUUCCUUGCAACGUUUAUGCGAGAAGUUUGGAGACGAAAGUGAGAGCAAAAAAAACCGUAGGAAAUAUUUUUUCAGAUACUUUACCAGUGGCAUAAAUUAUAUAAAUUUAUGUUAUGCUUUGAAAUAUUGCUUCUGCGAACUAUUAAAUUUUUUAAUAUGCAUUUUAAAUCUUGUUAUGAUGAAUAUAUUUUUUAUGAAUUUUUGGUCAAGCUAUUCUCCAGCUUUAAGCUCUAUACCAUUAUAUAAUUGGAAUGAAUGGAAUUAUUAUUCCUCUAAAGUUUUUCCAAAAAUUGUAAAGUGUGAUAUACAUAUGUUUGGUGGCUCCGGUACAGUAAUAAAUCGAGAUUUACUUUGCUUAUUACCUUUAAAUAUUUUAAAUGAAAAAAUAUUUGCGUUUUUCUUUAUAUGGUUUCUAAUUUUAACCAUAUUAUCAGGUUUAAAUAUUAUAUUUCGUAUUAGUUUAAUUGCAUUUAAAUCAAUGCGUGUUAUAUUGUUACGUGCACAAGCUCGUCAUUUAAAAUCGAACGAAAUAUCAAAUGUAUUGUCAAGUCAUAAUUUCAACUAUGGAGAUUGGUAUUUACUUUAUAAUAUAUGUAAUAAUACUGACCCUUUACUUUUUAAAGAGUUUUGGUAUGAAUUAAAAUGGCAUAAAAAAAAUAGUGAUAUAAAAAAAAUUGACGUAUAAAUAGAAUUGGAUUACAAUGUAUAUAGUUACAAUGCGCACAUUUUGAAAUAUUUUAUUUUCUUAAAAUGAAUUAAUUUCAUUUUUUAUGAAAAAAAUAUGAACAUUAUUUUAAAUUUAAUAUGUUAUGAACUAUGAAAUUUAAUUGAACUGUUAAUUUUUCUUAAGUUAUAUUGAUAAAAU